AUGGAGACAAACAAAUUACCUACAUCUACUUCGUCCAUUGUAUCAGCUACUUCAGCCGCUGCUAUCAAUCCAUUAUUUGAUCCGGUUGCAUUGCAAACAGCAUACAUUGCUGCUGCUCAGCUACACAACCAAUUACAGCAAAAUUCUCAUUUAGCUAAUGCUGCUGCUGCUGCUGCUGUUGCUAAUGUUGCUACUGUUAAUACAACUGCUGUUAUAUCACCUUCUACUAUCACAACAACAUCUACUACUACUGCCAACAAUAUCCACACAGCAAUACAGAAAGCUACAACACUGCAAUCCUCACCAGCAUUUGUUGAUAAUGACCGGUUGUAUUCUUUACUGUCACCACAAGUACAUUACUGUUUAAAGCAACAGCAACGAAACUUCAUACAACAACAGCAACAACAACAAUCAAUGAAUACCUCACUGACACAUCAUUUCUCAGCAUUUUCACCUAUAAAUACGGAUUUAACUAGUACGGUUACGUCCACUGCUCCUUCCUUACUUACACAGCCACCUCCCAUACCUCCUAUAGCAGCAGUAGCACCACAGCAGUCCGUAGAGUUACUCCUCAUGCAAAUGCAAAUGGCUACGGCUGCUGCUAGUGCUGGGUUUUUCCCUGCUGCCUUUAAUGUCCUUCCACCAGUUACUGCUGCCGCACUAGGACUUUUAGCACCACAGUUUCGAAUGCUACAACUUGGUGAUUUGAAUUUCUCACCAUAUUCAGCUUCAACAAAUACGAAUGGCAUAUUUGCGGCUGAUGUAAUGAAUAAGGGUAUCACUGACACAUCUGCUAUCGAAAGAUCUCUAUUACAAACACAGAUUAAUUUGUUGACAAAUGGAUCGUCAUUAUCGCCUGCUGUCAGUGACCAUACAUGUGUAAGUGGUACGGCAUCUGAUACAUCACCUAACGGUGUCACAUCUUCCCUGGUGCAACAGCUAAAUCCUACAUUGAAUCAUAACUCCUCACUACAUAAUACCAAUAAUGGCAAUAAACAACAGCGCAUGCAAAUGAAAAGACCUUAUGAUGAAAUGUCAAUACUACGAUCUCUUUGUAGUGAAAAUUAUACCAGCGAGCAAGAAAUGGCGACGAUGUAUGGAAAACGAAGUAAAUUAGCUGUAGCCGAUGAAAGUGGACGACGAAGCCUACAGAAAUUGACGAAAGCAUGUAAUUCAGGGAAAAAUCAACAGCAACAGCAGUGUCUGGUGGAGCUCGACAAUAAAGAUUUAUUGGAAGAAAGUUCGAAAAGUAGCAAGAAAAUUGCUGAAAAAUGCGUAACAUCCGAUCCGUAUGAUGAAAAUUCGCCAGACCGUCAUCAUCCUCUAAAUCAUCGUCCACCAGCCAUGGAAGCACGAUUCCUGGAAUGUAUGGCAGCUAUUGCCCUUCAUUCAAACAUUCCUUUGCCAAUCAAAGAUGAAAAUAUGAUCAGCAGUACAAACAUCAAUAGGAGUAGAGCGGAGGAAAACGGUGGUAAUGGUAAAUCGGAAAAACAAAAGCAAUUUAUAAACGAUACAGAACCAGAAAAUUCAAACAGAACAGAUUUGAGAAACAUAUCAACACCUGAUCGGCGUAGAUCAAAUGAAAAUAUUUCUGUUACUUCGAAUGAGAAUGAAAAAAAAUAUUGGCCAAAUUCAGCAAUAGAUGAAGAACUGUGCAGAGAACUAGAAAAUUAUAAGGACUCGGAUGUCCCGGUGAUUCAUGCAUUCGUUUUGCCGGCAAAGCUAUCCGAUUCGGCUUCAUCACCUUUUUCCGACGAAAAAUGCUCUCAAGAAAAUGCUUCACCAUGUACAAUGGUACCAGAAUCAGUUGCCUUGCCGAUUCCAAUUCUCAAUACACUUUUAGAUCGCAUACUACAAACUAUGCUUGAUUCCUAG